ACCGAAACGUCAACGUUGUCCAAGAUCGGAACGGGUUGAGAAGGUGCCACCAGAAACCUAUAUAAACAGUUUCUUUAUUUCUUGAUCUCCCUACAAACAUUUCAUUUCAAUGGAAGCCGAAGGGCAACGAACAUCCUCAAACCCCUCUGCAGUUCUUGCUGCUCUGUUGUCUAAAAGAGCCAAACUUCAUGAUGAUCUCCGAAACCUAGAAAAACAGGUUUAUGAUAUGGAGACUAUUUACCUACAGGAUCCUAGUCAAUGUGGAAAUGUACUAAAAGGUUUUGAAGGAUUUUUAUCUUCGUCUAAGAGCACCAGCUUCUUGAAACGAUCCAGGAAGUUUCAACCUGAAGAUAGGCUCUUUUCUUUAUCGUCUGUCACCUCACCGGCAGCUGAGGAACAAGCUCUUGGUCGGGAUGGUGGAGGGAUGUCUGCCAAUGGACAAGGUAGACAAAGGAAGGGCAGGGGAGGUCCAAGAGAUGCAAAGAGAAUGAGGCAUUCAAGUGAACCAGACUAUGAUUAUGAAGAUGAUCCAGAUCUAAUGUAAUUUGGACAUUGAUAAAAACAGUAGGUUGGUCGAUUUGGAAUGAUGACAUUGGUCGUUUUUAACAUGUACAAAAUAUUUGGCUGCCUAGAAUUGUAUUUCCUUAGUAUUGGCUGGUCGUUGUGUCCUAGUGAGUCCCUCUGGGACAUCCGGAAAAGAAAGCUGUAUUUCAGUGAGUAUUUUUCUCCUUCGCUAUUAUAUAUACUAGUAUAUGUUUUUGACUGCAGCAUCAAACAU